CAGCUCCCCCAAUCUCCCUCCGGGGCCCAGGACCAUACCCCUUUUGGGAAAUCUGCACAUGAUGGAUCUGAAGAGGCCUUACAAAACAAUGAUGGAGGUCUUGUUUUUGCUCGUGGGGAACACUGGAAAGUGAUGCAAUGGUUUACAUUAUCCACAUUAUGGGAUUACGGAAUGGGCAAGAGGACCAUUGAAGACAAAAUCACAGAAGAGUGUAGUGUCUUAACAAAGACAAUGGAGACUUAUGCAGGAAAACCUUUUGAUAUCACAAGAAUUCUCACUGCUGCUGUUUCCAACAUUAUAGUUCCUAUUCUACUUGGGAAACGUUAUGAAUAUGAAGAUACUACUUUUGUACGACUACUGAAGAUAAUUCAGGAAAAUGUUCAGCUUGCAGGAAGCCCUGCUGUGUUGCUAUAUAAUUUGUUUCCCAACUUGGGGUUCCUUUUGGGUGCUCUUAAAAAAAUAAUGAAGAACCAAAAAAAAAAGCUCCAUGAUUUCGUACAGACCACCUUCAUAGAAUAUCUCCAAGACCUUGAUGAAAAUGACCAGAGAGGUUUUAUUGAAUCAUUUCUUGUUUGGCAAAGACAGGAAAAUAUGAAGAUGGCACAUGGUGGAUAUUUCCAUAACAAAAAUCUUAUAGGCAUUGUAGAUGAUUUA